CUCUCUUCCUAUGUUCCCGCUUUUUCAUUCUGUAUUCAGGAAUACCAAUGGCAAAUCAACCCGUUGCUUUUGGUACUUUCAUUAUGUAUUUUUCUCUUUGGUUCCGCGAUUACAAGUGCUUAACAUGCUGUCAUUCGCCUAAAAAAAGGGGAAAUAUAAUAUCCAAUAACUAAAUGGAAGAUUAGAAUGAAAAAGAAAAAGAAAAGGACUUGAAGGGAUAAAUGGCUCAUAUGAUUUACCUAAUAGCAGCAAAAGGGAUAGCAACAGGGCUCAUAGUUGGAGGAUCUGCCAAUGCAGAUCUAGGAGGGAAAACAACAAUCUUGUCAUCUGGUAAGAAUUUUGAAGAUUCUAGUCCAAAAGAGCUUAUAGUUGGAGGAUCUGCCAUUGCAGGCCUAGAGGGAAAACAACAAUCUUGUCAUCUGGUUGGACUAGAUCCUCCAACUAUGAGCCCUUCUGGACCAAUAUCCUCCAAAUUCUUACCAGAUGGCAAGAUUGUUGUUUUCCCUCCUAGAUUUGAAUUGGCAGAUCCUCCAACUAUAAGCCUUGUUGCUAUCCAUUAUGCUGCUAUUAGGUAACUCAUAUAUGAGCCAUUUGUCCCUACAAGUUCUUUACUUUUUCUUUUCUUUUUCAUCCUAAUCUUACAUUUAGUUAUUGGAUAAUAUUUCCCCUUUUUCAAUACUGUAGUUUCAGUGAUUAGGUUGCACAGUUCAGAUUUUCUAAUGAAUCCAAGGUUGCGCC